GAACGAGACGAUGUAUGUUCGAGGGAGGGAACGGAACGUGGAGAUAGUCGACGAGGACGCUGGGUGGUGAGUGCCACCGUUUCGGGUCCUCCUUGGUCCGACCGUCAGGACCAGGAGCUGGUUUCCUUUCGUUUUUCGUGUUUCUCGAGGGGAAACAAGAGGAGGACAGAUCGAUAGAACCGGCCAGUGUGCUUGCUUUGCUUGCUCGAGUGGUUGCGUGCGUGCGUGCAUGCGUGCGUGCGUGCGUGCGUGCGUCCGUCCGUGCGUGCGUGCGUGUUUGCCCUGCUGUCGUGAAUUCGGACCGCGUCGAAGACGAACAAGUUCGGGGUGCGGCCGACGAUGGUAAAGGCCCCAAGCAUGGGACCGUCGGCUGGUACCCAAGGGAUCAGGAAGAUACAUCCUGGCCCCGAAAUUGCUAUGAACCCGAGGGACCUGCCGAACGCGAACAUCACUACACCUCCCAGCAUCCGAGCAGAUGGCAAGACUACUUCGAUCUAUCAUCCUCAGGUGGACGUCUCGACCCAGGUGGAUCUGCACGGCGGUUUCACCGCGACUAGUGGUAACAUUAGCAUCGACUGGGAUCGAAGGGCAACUCCUUUGUACUCUCGCGAGGACAUCAAGGAACAGUAUUGCAUAACCAGUCGGCAAUUGGAUGCGGUAGAAAAAUCUGGCGGUGGUUUUUUUGGGUGCCUGUCGACUAGAGGACCUUCUCCAUGCAGCGCAGCUAGGACCUCCAUUUUAUCUGCCUGUGUGAGAAGCGUGCCAAGCGAUGAAAACCUCUGUGACGCCCCCUAUCCUCGAAGACCCCUCCAGAUCAUGUACCGGCAACCUUACCCCGGUUAUGCGAGGGGGCUGUCACGUUAUGAUUUUGAGGAGGAGGCUGACUGGAUAGAGAGUUCCUUCUUCCGAAGGAGACCUAGGUCAUUUUGCACCAUUCCUGACCCGAAAAGGUACACCUGGCUUCCCGAGGAUGAAGAAUCAACAAAAUUGGAAGGUCCUCGACCAGUUCUGCCACCUGCACCCCCACCACCUUCCGCGCAAGCGCCAAAAACAAAGCACGUGAGCUUCGCGAGAUCACAUACCCUUACAUCCUUCGACGUUCCAAGGAGUAGAAGUCCUCCAAGACCACAAAAUCAAGAACGCCUUAUAGAUUCACAGCCAACAAUGCAAAAUGCGAUGCUACCUUCAACUUUACCUCUGAUGCACCCCUAUGGAACUAGUGAGCCCCGUGUUCUUGUCCUUGAAAAGCCACCAAAGCGAGGAACCAUGAAGACACAGGCAACCCAAACGGAGUUGCCAGCGGUGUUUCGAGGUCGCAUCCCAGUCACCCUUAGCCCCAGGACGAUACACCGGGUAAAGAUGGUCUCGCAAGGCGCCCAGACAAACGGUCUGUUCAACGGCAGGAAAUUGACGAAAAGUUACUCGGAGGCUGGUCAGCUGGGUACCCCGUUGGGUGGCGGUCAAACUGGCACACCGGGGAAAGAAGAAACCGAGCACGAACCUCUUCACAGGACGCAGAGCGAGGAACCACCCAGGUCACCCUUCCUUGUCGAUACGCCACCCCCUGGAGGACCGUACACCACUACCGCUACCGAGGAGGCUCUGACUAAUGGGGACAUCUCGGAACCUCUAACGAGUGUCCUUCAAGAUCAACGAAGAUCCAUCGACUUAGAUGACCAAGAAAUCCUUAUAGACUUUAAGCCUGCACCAGUGUCGCCGGAUGUUCGAGCUCUACUGAACCGGAUAUCCCAAUCACCGCGAAGGUUUCUACCGUUGCAAAAGACCUUUUCCGACGGAGAAAUUCGCGUGGAAAGACGCGAGUUGGUCGGUGAAACUGGUGAACCAAGUUAUCCUCACACGUGUAGAAGAAAUCAUCAGGACCCAUGGGGCAGGACCGUCAGAGCAUCCGUCCAAUUCUCCUCGACGCCCGAGGACCUGUCCUUGCUCCGAGUUUCUUCGCCCCACGAUGAUCAUCCCGAAGAGGAGUUUCACGAGAACCUCAUUCGACGAGGGCUGUUUCGCAAGAGGAGCGUAUCACUGGAGGAUGGUGUGCAAGGUUUAGUGUCCGAUGAUUUUAUGUUGCCAAGAUCGCUUCCAACAUCACCCACAUCACCGACUGCAGUAGCAGCACCACGAAGGAUUUUACAGAGUCCCAAAGACUACGCAUCACCGACUCGUCCACUGCGACAAGCGGCGCCACUUUGUCCGUUACUUUUCACUGCUACCGGAAUUUCCGGUAUGAUCACGUCUCCGUUUGCUUCGAGCGAUUCGCUAACGAACGACGUCACGAGGGACCAUAGCGAUGGAAUUUGGAACGAGUCACAGGCGACGGUUCUCCAGGUUGACUCGUUGGCCUUAUUGACACCGUCCUCGAGGAGGAGGCAUCUUCUGCUUCUUCAACACCAACAGCGAUCCUCGAUGGACACAGAGGCGCUGGACGUUGAAGAGACCAUUGAAUCACGUCCUUCGAGUCCAAGGAUACGCCUUGAGCCAGCAACGCCUGUUCAACCGUUAACACCAAGGCAAUUACUUCUCAGCGUCGAAUCGUCCUUGACGCCAAGCAACGGUAGACCGAGAAGCGGAUUUCGUCGUUCGAGUCCUGGACCGCCGUUAUCACAGCCUCAAUCGCAAUCCUCGAGCGAAUUCGGCUUGAGCUUGGCCAGGACCGAUUCGGGAGGUCGAACGAAUACCGAUCUGUCUGAAACCUCGACUACCGAGGAUUAUGUCACUGCCAACACCUCCACUGAGACUGGGACCACUACAGGCACCUCCGCAACGACCAGUUCCUGGUCCAGGCCUCCACAGACUUCAAGCGCCGCGGCGUCCGCCUCGGCAACAGCCACUGCUGCGGAUGGAAGCUCCUUCGAGAGUGCCAGUUCAAUUUACAGCCUUGCUCGCAGCGAGGCCAUCGUUGAAGAGCCAUGUAGUCCACCACCGAUACUGGAGGAAACGGAAAUUCCAUUUGGAUUGGAGGUACCUCCGUCACCGGCUAGAUCCAGUAGCAGCAGCAGUUCGGGUAGCUACGAUCUGAAAGAUGCAAUGAUAGAUCCAGGUCAGGAACACGAACAGACUGCACCUACGAGCGGACACACCUCAGAGACGGAGUUGGAUCGUGACGAAGGUCACCGCUCCUCUUCCGGAGGCUAUGCAGAAUCUCCUCCAGAUCCGCGAACUUGGAGCGAGGAAGAACGUCGUAGACGCCGGAAGACCUUCACUCUGGACUUCCUUGGUAGCACACAGGACAUUGAGCGCAGUCCAGAACCCUACGGGGACAGUGCUGAAGUCAGUCCAACGUCCAGCCAUCGGCACAGACCGAGGGGAAAAUCAACGAACGCCAAGAGUCCCCAUAAAAACAACAGGAAACGGGAAGCUACUCAACAAACGGUGCAGGUGCAACAACAGCAACAACAAAUUACUAGAAGUCCUCAGAAAGAGGAUUGGCGUGUGGAUCAGGCUGAAGAUACUGGCCAUAUUCCUACGUCAGAUGAUUCUAGCUGUAGUCAUCAUUACCAUAUGUAUCAUCAUCAUCAUCAUCAUAUGCAUCGCGAUGGCACUGAUGGAAGACAUAGAAGAACUAGGGAGAGUCCCAGGAGGAAGACCACUGGUUAUGUUUCUGCUAGGAGAAGAAGUAACGAGGAUAAGAACGCGGCCAUAACAGGUAGCCUGCCACGAAGAAGAUCACGUGCGGCGGACGACAUAAUGUGUUCGAGGUUGAGUCCGGGCCGUUAUCAACGUAGUCCAGGACACAACGGGCAACGGGCGUUGAUUGUCGAGUCUCAGAGCCCAGAAGCGAGAUUAAAAGCUCUUUCAGCGGAAUCCUUGAGGUCCGUCAGUCCGGGUAGCGACAGUGUUUUUUACAGCGAGGGUGCGGACCAAUAUCUUGCCAUCAGCGUGCUCGACGCUCCACAUUGUCAUCAUUGUGGCAGAGAGGUCUCGGAAGAGAUCGUUCGACCACCGGCAGGUUUCGCGGACUCCCCGGAAGGGCAUCGAUCCUCUUCGAAGCACGUGUCCGGUCACAGGCUGUACAAGAAAUUCGACAAGAGGUACCGAUCGGAGGAUCGUGGCGACAGAAGGCAUCGACGAAGCAGCGCGGGCAGAUCAGACGUCAGGGCGAAGUCUGAAGAGAGGAUCGCUUCCAGACGCGGAAGCAGAGGAUCCAUUGAUGAAACUGCUGCUGGGAGGAAGAGGCUUCAUGCGAGAAGCACGGAUGUCAGUUUGGAAAUCCUUACGGGCCGAGAGGACGAGGACAGCUACGUGGAACCCUACACGAGUAGCGAAUGGAUUUACAUCGGUGACCUCGAAGAGAGUCACGUGUGGAAAAGGCCAGACAGCAGGGACGGCGAUGAUGAGAUUCCGGAAAGUGUCGCUAAAGAGAGGAGAAGCUCUCAGGAAUCGACGGAAAGCGAGAGAAACUUUCGGAAGAAGUAUCAGGCGGCGACGCACAGGAUGGUGCAUCGGAAAAGCAGCGGGGAAAUGUAUAAGAGGAUACAAACGAAGAGUUUCGAAUGCGACAAGAGGGUGGUAGUGAAACGCGAGGCUGGAGGAGAGUUCGGUUUCCGUAUUCACGGCUCGAAACCGGUGGUGGUUUCCGCCAUUGAACCUGAUACACCGGCGGAGAGUUCAGGCCUUGAAGUCGGCGAUAUUAUCAUGUCGGUGAAUGGAAAAAGCGUUAUGGACGCGACUCAUUCGGAAGUCGUCAGGCUAGCACAUUCUGGCACCGAUGUACUAGAAUUGGAGGUGGCGAGAACCUGUAACGUCCUGGCACCGAGAAUGGUCAGGCCUGGAACGAAAGAAGACACCGAUGAGGCACCACUCUGUUCCGGUUACCUUUGGAGAAAAUCGGCGACCUCCACGAAUACCGAUAAAUGGGUCCGACGAUGGUUUGCUCUGCGACGUGAUAACUGCCUCUACUAUUACAAGACUGAUGCGGAUUCACAGCCAGUGGGGGCAGUAAUGCUGAUAAAGUACGAGGUGGAACAAACACCGGAGCUGAGGUUACAGAGUUUUGCGAUAAAGAAACAGGGUGCACCGACACUUCGACUCGCGGCCGACUCCGAGGAAGCUGCUGCCCGAUGGACGACAGUCAUCAAGGAAGCCAUUGAGAGAAACGAUCAGGUGGAUACAUGGUUGGAAGCAUCGAUGAGGAUGCGUGAAAUGGCAGCAUGCGCCAUUCAAAGACCAGACUGUUUUGGUUAUCUGAGUAAGCAACAAGAACACGCGAGGAAAACAUCUUCACCAACUGGUUGGUCCAGACGAUAUUGCGUAUUGAAGGAUGCAGCAUUAUAUUUCUACGAUGACGCUAAUGCAGAGAAAGCAUUCGGUGUCGCCUGUCUUCACGGCUUCAGGGUGCACAGCAGUGCGGCCACUUCCGGUGGUAGGAAACACGCGUUCGAAUUGCAGCCACCGGAUCCCACGCAGAGAAGUUAUAUCUUUGCUACGGAGUCCGAAAUGGACAAGAAACGAUGGCUGGCAGCUCUAGAAUACUCGAUCGAUCGAUGGAUAAAGAUUGGUUGACAAAGGCCGACUUACCGUACAAAGAAGCAAAGAAGCCGAAGCAGCGAAGAUCCCCUAAGGUGUCCUUCGUCUCUUCAUGUUUCCGGUUCCUAACGAACAUUGUCGCAAAUCACAAACUCAUCAAUCACUGUCGUCAUUGUCGCUUCGAUUGUCGUUCGCAAAUGCAUCACGUGGAUCAUGUCGCAAAUGCUCUUCAAAUUCGCAGUUCUUCGAAAUUCUUCGUCAUUAUAAUAGAAUCCGUUAAACUUUUGUUUAGAACAUUUCGUCGGAUUCAUUUGUAACGACAAUUUACAUCCUUUGUAAUUUAUUAUCGGUAUCAUCGAGAAACAGAGGUGCCAAAUAUCUGCCAAAAUAAUUAUAAAUUAAAUUUAUAAUUUAAACAAAGCUCAUAAUGCUAUCCUUAUAUGAAAAUUGAAUAAUCAUUUUUAAGAAAAAUAGAGAAAAAUAUUUAUUGAAUUGAGAAAAGAAAAGAAAAGAAUUUUCCUGAACAUUUAAAUAAUUAAAAUAUUAUUAAUUUGCAGCCACAGAUUUUUAUUACAAUCAUUUGAAAUAUUUAUGAUUGAAUGAAUUAUGAUUGCAAAUUUCACUAGGAUAUAGUCAAAGAUUGACUAUUUGGAUUUUGUACAAAUUUCUGUAAAAAUUAUUGUCUAUUAUUGUAUUAUAUGAAUUGCAAUUAUUCUGCUGUGUGUUUUGUCACUCUUCUAAAUAUUUAUAUUGUAAAUUUCAUAAAUCUUACUGUUGUUAAUAAUUCUGAUUAGAGUUUGCAAAUUUUCUGUCUUAAUAUUGAUAAUGCUAUUUUAUAAUAAUUUCUAAUAUAAUAUUGCAUUUAGCGAAAAUUAAGUAGGUAUACUCUUAAUACAAUUAUAAUACUUCAAGCAACGUUUCUCAAAAGAAUGAUUUCUUUAAAGACGCAAUACUGGAAUUGAAUAUUAUUGAUUUGUAUGAAAGUAAAUAUUUUAUAAUAGGUAUUACUGUAUAUGAUUGUAUACUGUUCAAAAUGUUUAAAAAGUCACCUCCUCGAGUGUUGUUAUUGUUCAUUAUUCAAUCGUGUAACAGUACAAAGUUUUUAAUCUGAUAUAUUGUAUAAAAGUGUCACUGUAUUAAAUAUCUAAAGUUUCUUUCAUUUCCUAAAUUUAAUGUUUUAAGGAAAUACAAUUAAUAUUCUUUCAUUUCCUUUACCACAUGCAAGUGGUGCCCUACAUCGUUAUUCUCUUCGGGGAUGCCUAUGGGAAAGGGCAAGAACUUCUCCUUGUGAAGCCUGACCUAAUGGUUUGCUGGGUUAAAAAAUAUUAUUUAUUUUCUAAUGAGUACAAAAUUUUUUUAGUCCAAAGGCUGCUUUUUUUAUUUUGUUUUUUUAAUUCAUGCACUACUUACAAACUUUUGGCUAAUACUAUAUAAUAUAUAUUAAUUAUACAAUAACUUCUCUAUACCAUGUACUAAUUUCUUACAGUAAAGCAAGAAAGAAACGCUGCUUCAAGUAGUCGUUGACGGUAAUUGGUCAGACACAGAUUUAACACGUUCACUGUUCAGAGUUAUUUAGUUCAGAAUUUAUAUACGUAUCCGUAUACGUAUACAAAACUUUGUAAGGAAGAAUUGAAAUCAUAUUUGACAAAUGUCGAACAUCAAAACUGAGAAUCGUUGAUUCACCGAUUGUGUCUUGUAUUAAUUAGAAACAUACCCACGGUUUUCUUAAUAUAGGGUCCGAUUUAGAUAUAAGAAGGUUAAAGGUCGUCCACUGCGUUUCCACGAAUUUCCACAAAUAUUCAAUACAAACAUUCACCUUGUAAGCCCGAAAUAACCAACCUGAUGCUGUUUAACACGUUGACUACCAAAGGAUUUCAUUUAUGGUACUUGGAUACAAGUGCAAUUUAUAAAUCAAUCGAAAAGGUAAAAAUACUUUGCAAAUAUACCUUGUUACUCUACAUAGAAAACAAUCAAUUGUCAUUUCUAAAUCAUAGUCAUCAGUAAUAAGGUAAGGGUUAUUACAUAUUGACUGCCUUACAAUAAUGGAAAACUGUAAUUGCAAUCAUUUAAGAUACAAUUAGUUCAGCUUUUAAUUCAACCGUUUCACUUACUUCAACCUUCCACAAUUAAUAUAUGUAGUAUUAAAAAGUCCAUUGUACAUGGACUGGAGUCCAUGGAAGUCAAGGUGUUUUAAAGCGUCACAUUAUUUGUAUUUUAUAGUUUGAACAAGCGUGGUUCAGUGUUCAAGAAUAGAUCCUAUGUUAAGUGCUAUUGUAACGUUCGUUACUUUAAAGUGUUUAAAGUGCGAAGAAGAAAACAUCAAAAGGGGAAAGUCGAAGAACAAUAAUUGUGAACUCGAUUUUUCUGUUGUUCAAAAGGAAUGCUUCUUCUACUAUUUUAAGGGGUCAUUCUACUUAUUGUGGGCAAUUUAGAAUUUUUUUCCUUCAGAAGAAACAAACUUUCGAAAUAGAAAUAAAAGACGAUAUACAUACAUACAUAUAAGUAAAUUGACACCCUUAAGUAAAGUAUCGUGUGAGUUUAAUUAAAAAAAAAAAAAAAGAGAAACGAAGCCAAGUUAAGAAGGUGAUGUGCAUAGAAUAUUAAUAUACAUAUAAGAUACUGAUGAAGGAGGAUCAGAUUUAAUAUUUGAAAACAGUACGCACAUUUUAGAUAAAUUCGUCGUUCACAGCUGUACAAGAAUAGUUUUUAUUCGAAUGAUAAUUUGUUGGGAUGGUUGACGGUUCAUUCAAAUGAUUAUAAUGACCACUCCAUUAAAUUAAAAAUACGUUUCUAGCCAAGAAACUGCAAGCAUUGAAUAACAAUGAAAAUGAAUUAUUACCUAAUCAGUUAUCAAUUUAUCAGUUAUGCGAGUGUCUAUGGAAUUGCUGCGACUGUAUCGUUAUUCGAUAAGGAGGAAAGGAAAAGAAGAAAAACGAAAAAUCAAAGAGUCGUGUUAAUUUCUCGAAUAACGAGAAGGAGGAGCGAUCGAACGAUGAAAGUAUAAAACGCAUGUCGCGUCGCGUCGCGUCGGUUCGAUUACGACAAAUUAUGCGAAAAAUACGGAGUAGCAACGAAAGAAAAGAGAUAAUGAGACAUUAUCGGACGAGCUUCGAUAGCGACACGAGAGAACCGCGAAAUUUAACGACAGACCGCUCAAAAGCACAGAUAAUAAAAUAGGAGGUUUAAUACAAUUGUAGAAUGAAAUGCGUCAAUUAUUUACCUGUCACCCUUCGAACUGGUUUGAAGGACGUUGGUUUUAUCGCUGUUUAGAUGAUGCAGUGUUUUAAGCUGGUAGGAGAAUCAUCUUGAUGACAAGAAAGUCGGACAACGGUCGCUUUCCUUGACCAAAUAACACCUUGACAUUUGUUUUAAAUUUUGAAAGAACAAUUGCUUAUUCGUUAGUUUCUUUCUUUUGUUUUAAAAUCCUUAAAAUUGGAUACUUUGAGAAUAAAUCAAUUAUUAGUAAUUAAUAAAUUAUAAUAUUUUAGCAAACUUAAAAAUAAUUUAUAUAUAAUUAAAGACAUUUUACUUCAUUGCGUUGAAAUCAUUUUAAUAGUAACAUAAGAGGAAAUUUUUGUAAAAUGCAUAUGAUAGAUUACAAUAUUGAUGUAAUAAGAUAGAAUUAGAGUGAUCGCUAAAGUACAAAAGGGUCAAAUGUAACCGUGUCCGUCUUUCUAGUGUCAAAACUGGAAAUCAAUUGAUUAAACCAAUCUAUAGAUUUCUUGUAAUAAAUGUCGUUAAAAAA